AUGAAAUUUGGAGUCGAAUUCAACAAACGUACAAUUCAGAAGUGGCGUCUCUAUAAUAUUAAUUACAACGAGCUCAAGAGGUUAGUGAAAGAAAUCACCAGCGUCCAAAACUCAUAUACAGUAGAUACUUUACCAGUGUCUCAGAAACGGAGAUUACAACGUCUUUAUAAUGUGUUCAAGGAGCAGGUUAACUAUGCCUCUCUGUUUGUCAACAAUAAGGUCUUUGAGUUAACAAAAAGGUUGGAAAUACUCACUUCUAACCUCGAGUCAAUUUCGAAACUCCUCCCACCUCGAGGAAAUACCGUACCUGAGUCGACGCAAAGACUGAUCUCAAGGAAAAUGUUGGCCAUCAGUCAAAGGAUAAAUGAAUUAUCUGCUGAUUUAUUCAAUCUUUCCAGGUUCAUCCUGCUUCAAAAGAUUGCAGUUCAAAAGCUGUUCAAGAAAUUUUUGAAGCACAGCAAGUUCGAAUUUUCAAACGAUUAUCUUAAUAAGCUGUAUUAUGACUGUCUCACUAACGAUUCUAAAUCUUUCCUCAAUGUUGAUCUUUCUAAGAUGACCAAUCAAGUGGCCCGGUUGUUGAGAUUGUUCAAUCAAGAUAUUGAUCUGAAUGAUUUCGACACUUAUUACCACAUGCAGUCCCUAUUUGACACACAACCGGUAACACAUUCGCUAACCAAGAAAAGUUCUAUGGUGUCACUGUCAGAUGCUGAGUUUUCAAGCCAAACGCAACUGUUUGACCUGUUGGCUUAUCAAAAUAGUCCCUUGCGUUCUCAUUACUGGAUCCAUAAUGACAAUUUGAAUGAGGUCAGGCUAGCUCUGUACCAAAACUUCUCUUCGAUACAGGAGCCAGAUUCUGGGAAUGUCACUGUGUACCUUCUCAAUAAUAUGGAGAACCCUCAAAUCGUCAAUUUCAAUUGCAACCAUUCUCCAAAGAUAAUUGAUUAUGGUAGAGAUCUAUCCAUCAUCCUUCCCGGUUGUGGUUUCAAACUAAUCAGAUUUGGAAAGCUGAGUUCUUCUCAUUUACCGCUUCUUCUCAAAGGUGAUGUUGACACUGUCAUUAAGUCAUUGGACUCGUCGAGCAAACUCAACCAGCAAACAAUAGCUAUCUUAAAGAACAUAAAAGAAAACAAUCUCAAAAUUUGGAGUAAGUAUGAGUGUGACGCAGUCCGUUUUCCAAUUCAGUUGAACGGCAAUGUGAUUUAUCUAAUUUUGCUUAGCAAUAUUGUUUUUGAUAGUUUGGACCCUGAAAAUUCCAACAAAUUUCCGUACAUUGAUUUGGUAUUGCAUUAUUCUGAUAGCGCACUCGUGUCAGGGUGUCAAACAUUACAAUCCAUUCUCAAUUCUCAUUUAUGCUACAAGCUUGUGGGUAACAACAACAAUUUCUCCAUUUCAAACUACAUUCUCUAUAAGUUUGAAAGUGACAGAGUAAUCAAAACUCUGGACGAACAACAGUUGCAAUCUUUGUUUGGUGCUUGGGUUGGCCUAUUGAAUUCAGUUCAGGACAUUAGAAAACUACCUGUUUUCUUAGAUAUCUAUCAGGACGACAAACCCCCAAAGAGUAUUUUAUUAAACAAGAACACUGAACCUGCAGAGAGAUAUUGGAAUGAGUUCGAUUAUGGCUCAGAUGUGGAAGAUUCGUAUCCAAACGAACAGUACAGCAAUGGUUAUGAAGAUGCUAGAAAUUCUCAAGGUGUCUUGUUCAAUUUGAACGAUAAGAGAGUGAACAAGUUCUUGAAAGUCAGUCAUAAAUUCCUUUCUUAUCUUGGAUUUCAGGAGGCGGAUGGAAAUGAAAACUUAACAUUGAAAUCACCAAAACGAAAAAACAAUUACUCGUCCAUAAAUUCACAUGCUUCUUCUUCCACACUUUAUUCCUCUUCUGACGACGAGUCGUCUGAGGAAGCAACAUAUCCUAACUCCAGUAGAGUUCAAUUUGUCAAUCACAAUAAUCACGAUACAGUUGUCACUUUCCUAUAUAUGGUGAGCCUUUUACUUUCAUUUUUAUUGAUUUCAACAGUAGCUGGAAUCAUCACAGCAUUAUUACUCUCCAAUGAUUCUACGUCAUUCAAGGAUAUUUUCAUUAGUCCAGACAAUGUACCCAUCACUGUCAUCAUAGUUAUUGGUCUGUCAUUUGGAUUACUAUUGAGUAUUCUUUCGAUAAUUCUGUUAUUAUCGCGGUACAACUUUCCUCCCAUCUCACAUGUGAUAUUAAUUUGGUCAUGGUUUACCAUCUUGGUUUUACUACUAGUAAUUUCCAUUUGCCUCAUCAUUUAG